AUGACCCGUCUAUAUCUGCUGCCUUUCCUCGUCAACUUUGCACUGUCCGGUUCCGGUCGACCACCCGGUCCCGACAAGAAGAGCGGCGAGAUUUGCAUCGGAGUCUCGUCCUGCGCAGUUCGUUGUGAAGGCACCUACAAGGCCCCCAAUGGCGAGCUCGGGCUCUUUGCAGUCACAGCCUCGUCACCUCAGACGAUCUUCCGAGCACGAAUGAAGCAACCAUUGCCUUCUGGCAAGCUAUUUGCCUCGUGCAUGUCGCAACAGGGGCCAAAUCAUUGGAAUCCCAAAUGUACCAUCAGGGAUAUGAUACAGACGCCCAGUGAGCUCUACUACUUCAUGACCGGCGUCAGAGACACGCCAUUCAAAGUGACUGGCGACACUCAAAAUGUGGUCAACUUUGUCCUGAGCUGCUGUGAUCUCUACUACCACGUCGAUAUGACGUGGGGGUUCAUCAACCUAACACUCGAAAACGACAAGCCAUUCUUCGAGUUCAAAUGUCGCAAUGACGGCAAACCGACCAUCGCUGGCGUCGUAUGCAAAUCCGGCUCGGAAGAAGCCGAGCAGCUCAAGACCUAUGCAUGCCAAAUCCAACAGGGCGAUUGCCAGCUGGCUUCCCUCACCCGUCGUGAGAAUAGGUGUCAAUGGCCUCUUUCGCCUGCCGCCUUGACAACAGUAACAGGAGGACUUGCGCAUAGGUCCAGAUAG